UGUGCCACCAGUGGACAAGAAACCUCUACCAUGAUCUUCUGUCUUUUGUUGGCUGUUGCCCUUUGUGGGUCAUCACUUAUUGAAGCUUGCGGUGUUAAGCCGUUCAGUUCCCGAGUUGUUAAUGGUGUUAACGCCGCCCCUCACGCCUGGCCCUGGCAGAUCUCUCUUCGAGUCAAUGGCCGUCAUAUCUGCGGUGGAUCGUUGAUCGCAAAAGACUGGGUUGUUACAGCAGCUCAUUGUGUAGACAGGAACCCCAGACCGAGCGGAUAUACUGUAGUAGUCGGUGCCCACAGUAGAACUGGAUCAACCACUGUCCAACGAACCUUUAGGCUGAGACAACUCUUCAAGCAUGAGCAAUUCAGCAUGAGRMASCUGAAAAAUGACAUCGCACUGCUUCAACUCUCUGGAUCCAUCUCAGCGAGUUCCAAAGUGAAUACAGUCUGCCUGCCUCCAAGUGGAAGCCGAGCACCUGCAGGUUCACAAUGUUACAUCACUGGCUGGGGACGAACCGUUGGUGGUGGAAGUGCAGCUAAUAUUCUCCAACAAGCCAUGCUCCCAGUGGCUUCUCACAGCGCUUGUAGCCGAGUUAAUGGCCGACUCGUCCCAGUCGAUGAGCGCUCGAUGAUCUGYGCUGGAGGACRAGGCAAGGGUGGUUGUCAAGGMGACAGUGGUGGACCGUUCGUGUGUAACGAGGGAGGAAAAUGGGUCCUGCGUGGUGCUGUCAGCUGGGGACACAGMMWGUGCCGUACCGACCACUACACAGUCUUCGCUCGUGUGAGCAGCUUCAUUGGUUGGAUCAAUGGCAAGAUGGGCGGCGGAGGAGGUGGWGGCGGAGGAGGAUCUUGUCAGGAUCUUGAUCGCCGAUGCCCCUACUGGACAAGGUAUUGUCAAACCAACAACUAUGUCAAGAGCAAGUGUAGAAAGACCUGCAAACUAUGUUCUUGCGGUGUUAAGCCGUUCAGUGCACGUGUUGUCAAUGGUGAUAACGCCUCCCCUCACGCUUGGCCCUGGCAGAUCUCUCUUCGAGUCAAUGGCCGUCACAUCUGCGGUGGAUCACUGAUUGACAACCAAUGGGUCGUCACUGCAGCUCAUUGUGUAGAYAGGAACCCMAGGCCGAGUGGAUACACUGUAGUAGUCGGUGCCCACAGUAGAACUGGAUCAACCGCUGUCCAACAAACCUUUAGACUCAGUAAACUCUUCAAGCAUGAGCAAUUCAACAUGAGGCAGCUGAAAAAUGACAUCGCACUGCUUCAACUCUCUGGAUCCAUCUCAGCGAGUUCCAAAGUGAAUACUGUCUGCCUGCCCCCAAGUGGAAGCCGAGCACCUGCAGGUUCACAAUGUUACAUCACUGGCUGGGGACGAACCGUUGGUGGUGGAAGUGCAGCAAAUAUUCUCCAACAAGCCAUGCUCCCAGUAGCUUCUCACAGCGCUUGUAGCCGAGUUAAUGGCAAACUCGUCCCAGUCGAUGAGCGCUCGAUGAUCUGUGCUGGAGGACAAGGCAAGGGUGGUUGUCAAGGAGACAGUGGUGGACCGUUCGUGUGUAACGAGGGAGGAAAAUGGGUCCUGCGUGGUGCUGUCAGCUGGGGACACAGCAUGUGCCGUACCGAUCAUUACACAGUCUUUGCUCGUGUGAGCAGCUUCAUUACUUGGAUCAAUCAGAAGAAGUCCGGUGGGGGUGGCGGAGGAGGUGGUGGCGGAGGAGGAUCUUGCACAGACAAAGAUCGACGUUGCCGAGGAUGGACACGUUAUUGCAGUUAUCAUCAAUAUGUCAGGGCAAACUGCAGGAAAACCUGCAGACUUUGCUAAAAGGGGUGACAUAAAGUGCAGAAAAAUGUCAAAGAUAUCAAUCCUUUGAUUGUAGUGAAUUARAAAAUAAAGCUGCUUAAACAUA